AUGGCUUCUCCUCAGGUAAUCCGUACCCCCAUCACCGAUCUGCUCAAGAUCAACCACCCCGUCCUGCUAGCGGGUAUGAACGUGGCUGCUGGCCCCAAGCUGGCGGCCGCGGUCACCAACGCUGGCGGUCUCGGUGUCAUCGGAGGAGUCGGUUACACACCCGAUAUGCUGCGCGAGCAGGUUGCCGAGCUGAAGAGUUAUCUUCACGACAAGAAUGCUCCGUUCGGUGUCGACCUGCUACUGCCCCAGGUUGGUGGCAGCGCCCGUAAGACCAACUAUGAUUACACUAAGGGCAAGCUCAACGAGCUCAUCGAUAUCAUCAUCGAGAGCGGUGCUAAGCUCUUCGUGUCUGCUGUUGGUGUUCCCCCUAAGACCGCCGUUGACAAGCUCCACUCCGCCGGUAUCCUCUGUAUGAACAUGAUCGGCCACCCCAAGCACGUGGCCAAGGCUCUGGACGUCGGUAUUGAUAUCAUUUGUGCACAGGGUGGUGAGGGUGGUGGUCACACUGGUGAUGUUCCCACCACUGUCCUCAUCCCCACUGUUGCCAAGCUGGUGAAGGGCAAGAAGAGCCCCUUGACCGGUCAGGACGUCCAGGUCAUCGCUGCUGGUGGUCUGUUCAACGGUAACUCGGUUGCCGCCGCUCUGAUGCUCGGCGCCUCCGCUGUCUGGAUCGGUACCCGCUUCAUUCUGUCCGAGGAGGCCGGUGCCCCCAAGGCUCACCAGGAGGCUGUCCGCACUGCUGGCUUCGAGGACAACGUCCGCACCAUUAUCUUCACUGGUCGUCCCCUGCGUGUUCGUAAGAACGAUUACAUCAUGAACUGGGAGAACAACCGUGCGGAAGAGAUCAAGCAGCUCACCGCCAAGGGUAUCAUCCCCGUUGAGCACGAUUUCGAGAACCUGCCCGAUGAUGUUGACGACGAUACCUUGGAUAACGCCCGCCCCUUCUUGAUGGGCAAGGUGGCCGCUGUUGUCGAUGAGAAGAAGUCCGCCAAGGCCAUUGUGGAUGAACUCGUCACUGACGCUGCUGCUCUUAUGAAGAAGGGCAGCCAGAUGCUGGCCAAGCUGUAA